AUGGUGUCUUUACCACGCUGCUGCGUUCCAUCCCAGUGGUGGCUGUUCUUCAGUGAAUGGUACAGUGAUAUAGAUACAGUUUUUGUGAUAGCAGCAGCUGGAAGUGAUCACAAAUGCAACCUGGCCCUGCAGAAGGGUGCAGCCCACAGCGUGAAUUACACCCAAGGGAGCCUAAAGGAGGAGGUGAAGAAGCUUACAGAUAACAGAGGGGUCAAUGUAGUUCUUGACGCUGUUGGAGGGGACAUCUUCAAGGAGGCGUUACAUAGUUUGGCUUGGGAGGGCCGGAUUGUGGUGGUGGGUUUUGCUGGAGGAGCAAUCCCCUCUGUCCCAGCCAACCUGCUGCUUCUGAAGAAUGUGUCUGCCUUGGGAGUGUUCUGGGGUCGAUACCGGGAAGAGGACUUUCCUGUUUUUUCGUCAUCCCUCUCCUCUGCUCUUUGGUACUGCCAGGAAAGACGGAUCCAACCUCAUGUGGGAGCGGUCUUCAACCUGGAAGAGGUGAAUGAAGCCUUUAGCCGUGUAACCCAGCGCAAGUCAACAGGAAAGGUCAUCAUCUCAAUUAAAUAAAUCAGCCUGUUUCCUCAGGACACAGCCCCUGCUGCUGUUGGACUAAUCAGCAGAAUCACCCUUCUGGCUUAUGGAUUCAGACAGCCAAGUUGCAUUUACCCUAUGAUUUCUUGCAUGAUUUGUCUACCACCACCAUUAAUGUAGAGGGCUCUGGGCUCCUGCUUAGGGUUAGAUGACAUGAUGGUAUAAAUACUUGUGCCCAUUGCUAGCAUUGGUGGAGUUACACUGGCGCUAGACAAACAGUGCCAAGAGUCCUAGGGGAGGCAAGCUUUCACUGUGACGGAAAGAGGGAGAAUAGAUGCAGAGCAGUGCAAUUAAUACAAAUGUAAACCAGACUCUCUUUAAAGGAAUCACCACUGGGAAAUCUCCUUAAGUCUCCCAUU